AUGGCCUUCCCGCAAUCCGAGGCCGAUUCUCCCAAUAAAAAUGCUCCAGAUGCAGAAAGUGUCGCUUCAGUCUCUGGACCUACAGAAGUACCAUACAGCGGGAUGAACCAAAAUACCUUCAUACUGUGUAACCUGCUUCCGUCGGAUGCUGCUGCGGCUGGAUUAUACUCUCGUGCCCUCUUAGGACUGGGGAUUGGCUAUCCAAUCUGGGAACCUCCCGCGGACCUCGACGUCCCAGAAACGCAGAGAAUGCGGGGCGUGAGCAUUGGCGAUGUUGGCAUUGUCAGCUCUAAUGGAAACUUCGCGUAUGGAUUUAACAUAUUUCAUUCUUCCGAAGACCCGAUUAAUUUGGGUUGUACCCCACCCAAUUUCGUGCCAUUGGAGCUCCCUGAGCCUUCGCAAUUAAAGCGAGACGAGGCUUAUUUCCCUCCCAUAACCGUUCUUUCCAGUAGAACAGUAGAGGUCAAGCGCGUCAAGGAGUCUCCCCUUCAUAUCUCAUUUUCCACAAUGGCCAAAGAAGGAGCCGCUCUUGUCCUUCCUCAUGGUGGUUUCCGCGAAGAUCUCGUAUCGACAGAGCAUUUGCAAAAGUAUCUUGUCGAACAUUCCCUCGACUGGUACCAGCACUUGGUGCAUGUGUCAGCUGCGCUGGUCCACAAUGCGAGCCUCUACCUCGUGACGGGAUGCGAUAAAACAGAGUCAUGGCAUAUGGCAAAUCUGAGAGGCGGUUCUGCAGAUUUCAAGGAGAGGUCCGCCAGGGAAGGGGAGACCCACUAUGAUUGGGUUCGCGGAGCGAACAGUCGUUGCCGCUCCAUGCAUUUGGAGGACGGAGACGGCCAGUUAUUUUCCAUUUUCGUACGUGGCAUCAAGGUCGCUCUCCCAAAUCGCAUCUGGAGGCACAAGGUCGAGGAGACUUUGUCUGAGGAUAUCCCGUACUACGAUGUGCUGGCAACGUCUGUUGACAUCUAUCAUGCGAAGGUAUUACGCUGGCUGGAUUACAUUGCCAAGGGUCGAAACACAUGGCAAUCAAGACGAGAGGCGAGUGCGGUCUCUCUCAUUUCGUCAUUCUCUGCUUCAACGUUGGUUGAAAGGUUCCAUUCCACCCCUUCCAUGUUCUUGCGCGGAUUCUCCAUGAAGAGUCCCCUCAAGCUGUUCUUUCACUCAUGGAAGAUUCGGUCUGGAUGGAGCACAGCGAAAUAUCCGCAGAUGGCAGAUGGGUCUCUGAAAGAGAUCAUCCGACUUCUCGCUAAGAUCCUCGCGUCGCAUGACAUCAAAACUGUCGACAAGUGUGUCAUGUUCGUUCCGAAGCCUGAGCCCGAGCCGACGCAGGCGAAGGAGCCAGGGCUCGUGCAGAGGAUUGUCGGGAGAAUUAAAUGGGAGUUGACCCCCGAGGAGAAGGCUGCGAAACGGGUUGCGGCGAUACUUCGGCGUCAGAGUUGA